AUGGAUAAAAAGAAGGAUCGACAUUUAAGAAAGAUGAAGAAGAAAAUCAAUGAGCUUUUUCUUAUGGGCAGUAUCUCGGAAGAAGAAGCCCAUGUAAUUGAUUUGGCAGAAUCGAAUAUGGCAGCACGUUCGUCAUGUUCUACGGAUUCGGCAGAACCAACUGUUAACAAUGGUCUCGAUUCUUCAAUGAAGAUCUCACGUAAACUCGCAGCGGCUCGUUAUCAGCGGCAGCCAGGCCCUCAGCUAUCCCUCAAUCUAGAACGAUUGGGUGGUGCUUAUAUGUCGAAUGCCGAAGUCAGAGAGUUGAUUCAAUACUCCGUUAUUGGUCCAGUAGUGAACAAACCGAAAUGGGCUCACUUUCGUCCGUGGAAAAGCACAUCGCAGACAAUCCUCAUUCGAAUAAACUGUCCAGACGAUUAUAUAGAAAACAAUGAGUUUUCAUUCUCAUUUAUCGACAAUUUCUUUGACAAGCGUUGGAUUCGUAUGGAUUCUGCGGUCGGCGACCGUGAAACGUUUUGGAAUCACAUAAUGCAGGUUCCUGUAAGCUUCCAGGAGCAGAUUCGCGAGCGUGUGUUGAAAAUGGAUCCAUUGGAAGGGCUUGCGAGAGGCCAAGAAAUGAGAACCGAAAUGUUGCUUACAACAGCAGAGAUGGUGGACAAUAAUUAUCCGUUUCCUGAUGGAGUUCAUAUCGCCACUAAAGAAAGAUACGCUCCUGUAACAAAGGAUUCCCCUAUUUUUGCUCUGGAUUGUGAGAUGUGUGUGACCUCAGUGUCCGAACAUGAGCUGACACGGAUAUCCCUGAUUAGAGAGGAUGGAAGCGUUGUUCUCGAUACGUUGGUAAAGCCGAAGAACGAAAUCACGGAUUAUUUGACGAAAUUCUCUGGAAUAACACCAAAGUUGAUGGAACCGGUCACAACAACAUUGGAAGACGUACAAGCAGCGAUUUGUGCUGUUCUCCCACCUGAUGCAAUUUUGUGCGGACAUUCGUUGGAAUUCGAUCUGCGCGCUAUGCAGAUGGCGCAUCCGUACUGCAUCGAUAUUAGUCUUAUAUACAACCUUUCGGGCACUGGGAGAAUAAAAACAAGUUUGAAGAAUUUGAUGUCUCUGUUUUUUGAUGAGGAUAUUCAGAACUCACAUGGACAUUGUUCGGUAGAGGAUGCGUGGUCGGCCAUGCGACUACUUAAAAUGAAACUUGAAAAUGGACUAGUUUAUGGGAAUUGUCGAUAUGGUUGGCAUUACGACAAUUUCAUGAAGGAAAAACACGCCCAAGAUGCACAGAAGGAAUUCCAUUCCUUCCGAGGUGAAGCUGAAAUUGUUUGUGGGACAACAGAUCUUUCCCCGCCAGAGGAUUUUGAGCCGGCCGCUAAGAGGUCUCGCGUGCAAUCAAGAGAAAGAAGGAUAUGUGGUUGUGGUGAAACUAUUGGUGUUGAUUGUAUUCUCGAGGAUUGUCAGUGUCAUGCAUCACCUCCUCCGGAAUGCCUCAAAUGCUUGGUCAGAAAUGCGGUCCCUUUUUCUGAAGGGGAUUUUGAUUGGAGCAAAGCACUUCGUGCUGAGUACUGCAGCUCGUUCCGACCACUUUCUUACUACCUUGUUGACUCGAAGAAGACCGUAAUGUGUGGAUUCGCCGACGUCAGAGAAUUAAACAUUCAGAAGAACAAAGUGUUCACCCUCCGGAGACCAACUUCGUUCAAUUCAAUUUCUGACUAUGUUGACGAAGUUAGCUGCGAUUUACUGGAAUAUGGGCUAGCCUUGGUUGAAAUAGAUUACAUGAGAAGACAAGAGGAGUACUCCUCCGAGGAAGACGAAGAGGGUGAAGUUUGCGAUGGCCGCUGGCGAAUGCAACGUGCAGUUCAUGAACUUGAUGGACAUAUUGAAAGGGUCGUACGUGCAGCUGCUCGCUAUAGUCUUGUUAUGGUGGUUAUGGCUAGUGAGAAAUCUUCUGUGUGCUACCUCAAAAAAGGGCCACCUGUCUCUUCUUGCAGUUCUUCAUUGAAGGCGAGUAUUAAGUGCACGGUACUAUAUCGAUAG